GGUGAUUACAGGACAGGCAGCGACAGUCUCCCGUUUCACAAACUUUCUCUAGGUGCUUUUCCUCCUUGAUGUGAAGUAUGGACAUAUCGACGAAACAACAAUUUCGAGCACUCCUUGAGCUCGCACUGUCGGCUUUGUGCUGGUGAAAUGGAGGGCCCUGCCCAGCCUGGCCCCCCAAACGCAGCAGGCUGUCGCUGGGAGAGGCUCCCGCUGCUGGCCCAGGCGCUCGUUGCGUCCCACGCCGGCGUCCGCACGGCCGCCGCCGACCUCGCGCGCUGCAGCUGGGCCUGUGCGGAGGCGGUGCGCGCCGCGCUCGCCUCCCCGCAGCACCUGGCGCGGGCGGUGCGCGUGGACCGCGGCCCCUCCGCCCCGCUGUUGGGAUGGCUGCUGGAGCACGGCCCCGCCAUGCAGGCUGCGGGGCUCACGCCAUCCUUCAUCCGGGCCACUGCGCGGCACAUGCUUCAGCUCUAUGAGGUGCAGGAGGACUUCUUCGGCGACGGCCUGAAGGCGCUGGGCGCGGCGGCGCUGCGGCGGCACCGCGACGCCGCCGCCGCUGAGCUCGCCGACGUGCUGCAGGGCAGCUCGGCGUGGAUGGCGGCGGCGGCCUACACGGUGCAGCCACUGCUCGACACCGUGGGCGGCUGCGAGGCGGCGGCGCUCCGCCUGCUGUGCCUCCUGCAGCAGCAGCAGCAGCAGCAGCAACCACCACACGAGGACGAGCCGCCGCCGCCGCCGCAGCAGCAGCAGCAGCAGCGCCGAACCCUGGGCUGGGAUUUCGUGGACGCCUGGGAUGAGGACUGGGCGGCCGGCGCGGCAACCUACCUGGCCGGCCGCCUGGCGAGCGAGGCUGCCGCCGCGGCCGACACUGCCGUCGCCGCCGCCGCUGACCCGGCCACGGGCACGGCCGCCUCCGCCGCCGCUGCCGCCGCCGCUGCUUCCGCCGCCGCCCUGUCGCACCAGGUGGGCGAGCUGCUGUGUGGUGCCUGCGCCCAGGCGCCGGCGGUGGCGCUGGCGCUGGCGGGGCAUGCGCGGCUGCUUGGCGUGGUGGCGGCGCGCGCGCCUGGCGCCCUGGGGCGGGUCUUGGACGCCGCUUGCGAGGCGGGGCGCGAGGAGGUGGUGCUGCAGCUGCUGCAGCACCAGCCGCUGGAGCAGCACCUGCUGCGCUGGUUGGGCAGCAGCAGGGCGGCGGCGGCGGCCCACGGAGGGGGGGUUCACUGGGACGACGCGCGGGUAGCCGCGCUGGCUCGGCAGGCCGCGGACUGGCUGCUACGCCGCGAAGGCGAGGGCGAAGCGGCAGCCGCGGCGGCGGCGGCAGCGUCUGAGACGGCGGCGGCGCCUGAGGCAGUGGAGGGCGCUGGCGCUGCCGCCGCGCAGCCGCCGCCAAAGCCGAAGCCUCCGCCGCCUCCGCCGCCGGCGACUGGCCUGGCAGAGGCGCUGCUGGCGGCGCUGGACUGCAGUCGGGCGGCGGUGUUGGAGGCGCUCACUGCCCACGGGCGCUUCCUGGCCGCUGCAUUGGCCCAGAUGCCGCUCCUGACGGCAACGCCAGGCGGCGGGGAGCGCCUGGGCGCGGCGCUUGUGUCAGGCUACCGCCGGCCUCCCACCCGACACAUGGCGGCGGCGGUGCUGUCGCGUCGGCAGUGCCUGGAUGCCGCGGUCGCGCACGCGCCCGGGCAGCUUGGGGCGGUGCUGUCGCUGGCGAUCGGGUCGGGCCGCAUGCAGGACGCCGGGAUGCUCGUGGUGCGGCCGGACCUGCUUGAUGCGCUGGUGGCCGGCGGCGAGGAGUGUGCCAGACACCUGGUGCGGGCGCUGGACUGCGCCGCCACGCAGCGGCCGUGCUCCAUGCUGGAGGCGCUGCUGUCGCACGCGGGGUUCGUCGGCUUCAUGGCGGCGACGGAGGGCAGGGCGGAGGAGCUGGGCGAGGCGCUGGAGGCGGCGUGCCGCACCGGCCACGGCGCCGCCGUGCGGCUGAUGGUCGGCAGCGGCGGCGCCAUGGCGGCGGUGCUGGGCCGCUGCCCGUGCCUGGCGCUCUCGGCCUUCCUGCAGGCGUGCGAGCGCGGCAAUGCGGAGGCGGUGGCGGCGAUGGCGGGCCACGGCCCGCUGCUGGCCGCCUUUGUGGCGCGCGCGCCGCAGGACCUGGGCAAGGGCCUGGCGCGGGCGUGCGAGCACCAUCACGGCUCGGUGGUGCGCGUGCUGCUGCGCCAGCCCGCCUACCUGGCCGCCGCCGCCACACACGCGGUGGAGCAGCUGGGCGAGGCGCUGCGGUACGCGGCCGCCGUCGGCAAGGGCGAGUGCGUGCGGCUGCUGGUCGGCAGCGACGUCUUCAUGGGCGCGGUGCUGGCGGGGGCGCGGGAGCGGGCGGGCCUGGCGUUCCAGCAGGCGUGCGGCUCGGGCUGCGAGGAGGCGGUGGCGGCGCUGCUGGCGCACGGGCCGCUGAUGGCCGCCCUGGUUGCCCACGCGCCGGAGCAGCUGGGCGAGGGCCUGGUGGCGGCGUGUGCUCGGGGCCGGCCGGCGGUGGUGCAGAUGCUGCUGGCGCACGGCGGCCUGGCGGCGGCGGUGCGCGGGCACGCGGCGCCGCUGCUGCUGGAGGCGGUGGCGCGGGCGCGGGAGUAUGGGCACGUGUCGCUGGUGCAGGCGCUGGUGGAGUACCGGCUGGUGGGGGGUGCGGCGCGGCAGCUGCUGCCGGCUGCAGUGCAGCUGGGGUCGCGGUUGCGUACUAGGUGUGGCAGGUUGAUAAGAACUAGGAGCUAGUAGGUUGUGGAGCUGCUAUCUAACACAGGAUAGGCCGGCCAGCGCGGCGCGGCAAAUCGGAGGUUUGACGGCAAGCGGUUGCGUUGUGAGGUGUAAAUCCUGACGCUUCCCUGCGCAUGCCAUGAGACUGGGUCUUCGUGAGGCCGUUAUAUUGUGUGAGAGGGGUAUCCGGGGGGGGGGACAAUUCUUUCGAAUCUCAAAAUCAUUUAUCCUGUUGUUUUGUGUGUGUGUUUGGGGGGGGGGCGUCAGGCGGGGCACCGCACGCAGAACACCCGCCUGCGCCCGCUUGUGCGCAGACCGGGAACCAGGUGUAUCACCAUUUACCCUGCAUGGGCAUGCCGUGCGUGUGUAUGUGCGUGCAUGCGUGCAUUCAUACGAGUGAAGGUAUUGGCCAUUCCACCUGCUCAACAAGGUUUCAUUGCAAGUAUAAAUCUGUACAUAUUACAUAAGCAUGUGGUAGUGGCGGGAUCAGCCGAGAAUGUGUAGGUGUGGCUGAUAUGCGGCAUCCGGUGCAGAAGGACGCGUAGGUCACGUUGAGGGCGUGGAUAACAGCGUGGGUUAGGUACAGCAUAGCGGACCCACGCGCAGGUCGAUGUGACCAGAGCUGGCUGGGAGCCGCUACGGUAGCAAACAUGAGCGCGAGGAAAGGAGUGGCGAAAGCACGUCAAGAAGUGAGAGGCAGGAGGCUUGGCGUGUAAGGGUGCUCUCGC